AAACAAGCGUUGUGCUUGCACGUAGUGCUGCUCAUCGUGUCGAAGUGUCAAGUGUCGCCGUCAGGUCGGAUUACCUCCACGAUGGACAAGCCCGGCCACUGCACAUUCCGCCCGCUCUAAAUAUAUCUAUUAAGGGCACAGGAGGAAGGGAGGAAAGUGGGGGGAGGGGGUUAUUUUGAGCCAGUUUCACCGUUGCAUGUCGGUCGGAGAAGAGGUCCCAAACAUGCCCGGAGCCAGCGCGAGACCCAAGGCUCGGGAGCGGAACAGUGUACUGAACAGACCCGAGUUCAUGUCGCUCAAUCAGCCGCUAAGAGGUGGGGGACCCCCGGAGAGCCGAGGCGGCGGCGGAGCAGCCGGAUUGAGGCGCUCCAGCUCCAUCCGCAGCCAGGCGAGCCCGCAGGCGAGCGAGGAAGCCGGCGAGCCGGGCCAGCAGCGGCCGCCCGAGGAGGACUGCAUGCAGCUCAACCCGUCGUUCAAGGGCAUCGCCAAGAGCUCGCUGCUCGCCAUCGACAUCUGCCUGUCCAAGCGCAUGAGCGUGUGCGCGUACGCGUGGUCGUCGUGGGGGGGCUGCCGCUCCAUGUUCAACCUGCUGGCGCUCACCGGCCACGGCCUCACCUGGAUCAUCGGCACCGUCGUGUGCCUCACGCGCAGCAACACUCUGGCCGGGCAGGAGGUGCUCGUCAACCUGCUGCUGGCGCUGAUCGUGGACGUGCUUACGGUGGCGGGCGUGCAGCGCCUGGUGAAGCGCAAAGGUCCGUGGGAGAUGUCGCCGGGCUUCCUGGACCGUGUGGCCAUGGACGCGUACGCCUUCCCGGCGGCGCACGCCAGCCGCGCCGCCAUGGUGUCCAAGUUCCUGCUGUCUCACCUGGUUCUGGCCGUGCCGCUGCGCAUCCUGCUGGUGUUGUGGGCCGUCCUGGUCGGGGUGUCGCGCGUGCUGCUGGGCAGGCACCAUCUGACGGACGUGCUGUGCGGCUUCGCCCUGGGCCUCUUCCACUUUGGCCUGAUGGAGACGGUGUGGCUGUCGUCCAACACGUGCCAGACUCUCAUCUCCAUCGGGACUCUCAGCUGGAGCCCCUUCUCCUGACUGGGCUUCUACGCUAAGACUUCACCAGUCUGAGUUGUCACAUUCUCAAUGCAGGUUUGCAUGAAAGGCCUUAAACAUACACGUACUGUUGCUUUCAUUUCAUACAUGAUACUUUUUUUUUUUUACCCUCUAAAGCAGUGUUCCCCAAAUUUAGUUUUUUUAGAUUAGAAACAUCUCACGGCACACCAUCAAACUAAAAUGUCACAAAAAGUAUAAAGUGUUCUCCUGCUUUUUGCAGGAGAUAGGAGCGAGCCCUGCUACAAAUAGCAAAAAUCCACAAGUAAUUUACGCCCCCCCCCCCAAAUAAGCUUUAGAAUCGGCUGGAGAUGCCACAAGAUGGGGGCAAAGCACAACUUUUGUCUAAAUGAAAUUCCUCGACUCACUACAACAUAGUUCCUUGGCCCCAAGAUGCCACAAAAUGGCAGCAAAAAAUACUUUUGUCUAAAUAAUGAAGCUACUCAACUCACUUCAACCUAGUUCCUUGGCACAGGAUGCCACAAGAUUGCAGCAAAAACUACUUUUGUGGGGGAAAAAUGAAGCUCCUCAACACACUUCCACAUAGUUCCUCGGCACCAAGAUGGCAGCAAAACACUACUUUUGUCUAAAUAAUGAAGCUCCUCAACUCACUUCAACAUAGUUUAUUGGCACCACGAGGUCACAAGAUGGCAACAAAAAACUAUUUUCGCUUAAAAGAAAUUAAGCUACUCAACUUACUUCAACAUAGGUCCUUGGCACCAAGAUGGCAGAAUUUUUUUUUACUUUUGUCGGAAAAAUAAAGCUGCUCAUUCGCUUCAACAUACUGUAGUUCCUUGGCUCCAAAAUGUCACAAGAUGGCGCCAAAGCAAUGCUUUCAUUGCUGAGCUGAGUUAUUCAGCGAAUAAUGGAGGUUAGGUUCCAAGAUCUGCGAAUAGGUGAAUUUGCAAUAAAGGGUGUGUGUAAAAAAAAAAAUAUUUUUUGCAAGCAUUGCAAGCAUAAAAUGUAUAGAAAAUACUGUACGUCUUGGUGUGUCUGUGUGUUAGAUAUGUGCCUUUAAGAAGUGUGACGCCGGGGAGUCUGCGUGAGUGUCGGGGCGUGAGUAGUGGCCGACAGCCGCUCCUGCGUGAGUGUGCUCGUGUCUGUAUGCGUUUAUUGUUCUCCUGGCGUGGCAACGACGUCUUUCCGAUAUGCGAGGGCAUGGCAGUAAGUAUACUGUAAAAACCCAUUAAAAUGGAUGAAGUGAAAUUGGAUAAUUUCCCACAGGUCUCUCAUGGCCGGUGGUUGGGAAUCACUGCUCGAAAGUAUACUUAUUUUUAAUUAUUAUUAUCAUGAUAUUUUUUAAAUAGAAAUCUACCACUUUAUUUGUAUGACAAGUUCAACUUUACAAAGGAGUGUAACCGAAAGGAGUGAGCUAUAAUGAAAAGAACAACAAAAAUACCAAAAUGCUUUACUUACAUACAUACUUAUAUAAUAUGUCUUUAUUCUCAUAAUAUUAAGACUUAUUUUGCUCAUGAUUUAAAUUUAUUCUCGUAAUAUUAUGACUUUCUUUAUACAGUACAAUUGCUCAAGGAAAAUCCUCUUUUUUUCUUUCCUAAUAUUAAUGUUUGUGAUAAAAGUGAUAACUUUUUGUUCUAAGAAAAAGUGCUUUAACCCUCUGAUGCGUGAAUUAUGAAAGCCUUGGUCAAGAUCUUUUUCUGAAGUGUUUUUAAUUCUGCUCAGGACAUGAAAAAUAUGUUCAACUUUUUUUUUUUUUUUCAAAAAAUAUGAUUGUUUUGUCCAAUACAGUGUACUUCAGGACCAAAGGACCGCUAUGCACCAGAGGAUUAAAAUCUCUUUUGCCAUUCAUUUAGCGUUUUCUUUAUUUUCAUUCAUGUUCCUCCAAUAAAGUCCUUAUUUGGCCAUUGUGGUCAUUUACUAAAGGGCUGAGCUGUUCAUUUUAAAACCAAGUUCCACAAUUGGUGUGCCAGAGUGCAUGUUAGCAUAAAAUAUAUAUUUUAAAACAAUAUUUCUGUCUUCGAUAUCCACCUGCUGUUUUUACGACUUGCUGGAGCAAACUACCUGAAAUGGUGAUGCUUAUACGUGGGCAAGGUUUAUUCUGUACAGGUAUGAUGUGUUUUUACAGUUUUUUGUUUUUUUUUGCCAUCCCUGCCUGACUA